AUGAACAGCCAAGAUGGCCAUCGCCAUGCCGAAGCGAGACGUCGAGACGUCAAGACGACUCUCAACUACUGGGAACCCCAGCCAGGCAACAAAGUGCGGACCGACUUCCGCAAACCAGGCGCCGAAACCUCCUACGACGAACGAGAAAACAACCAACUCCCAACCCCCGUCACCAUCCACGACGUCCGUGGCCACGAAUCAACCUUCACCCUAGAACAGAACGGUUUCCAAUACGUCCCCGACCGCGCUCCAGAUUUCUCCCACUGCCGCUCCGAAGAAGAAAUCUCCGCCAUCCUGGACGCGUCUACGUAA